AUGGCGGCAAUUGUGUGUAGAGGCAGUGUGGUAAUCCAAAUCAGCAUUGGCGGCGGACCAAGCAAGACGAGGGUUGAGGAAACAACCUCACAGACCAGACCUCAGGAGGUACGCGCCCCCGCCCCAACCCAUAUGUGGAACAGGAAUACAAAAAUUGAGUGGACAGAAAAGGGUGCAGACAAGCUACUGAAAGAAAUAAAAGAGAUGAUACGCCCAUUCAAAGAGAAAAAACAACCCCUAAAUGUUCUGGUAUUUGGACCAACAGGGUGUGGCAAAUCGUCUCUUUGCAAUGGGUUCAGAACCUCUCUUUCCAAGAAGGGAGACGUUGCAAGGUAUUUUGCGGUGGGAAGAGGACAAGAUGAAAGUUAUACCCGACAUUUUCUAUGGACAGAGUGGGAAGGUGUUACACUGUAUGACAUGGCCGGGGUGUUUGAAUCAAGCCACAUCAAAAGUGAAGACAUUCUGAAUAUUGUCCAAGGGAAGGUCGCAUUCACUGGAAAGAUGGAUGAUUUCCUCCAUCCCCAAAGUCUCACAAGUCCGGAAAAGACGAAACACAUUUCAUGUGUGGUUCUUGUCUUGAAGCCAGGAAUGGAACUUGGCGAGAACUUAAGGAGGAUCUGUCAUCAAAUUGAUGCGUCUGCUGGUAGUUCAAGUAUGUAUAGAACACAUGUUAUAGCAAAUGUUGUGCAUACCUUGGACAAAACUGACAAAGGAUAUAAUUUGUUAGCAUAAAACAUAAGGAUACCAAAAAUGCUUGACUAGACAAGUAACUCAUCCAGGCGAAUCAAGUGGGAGCUAAUUUGAUGGAUCUUCAUCAAUAUCAUUUUCACACACAUGACAUGUUCUACUUGUUCUC